CUUCCUCGAUACUGGAAGUCAUAUGAUUACUGUACAGCAAUGCGACUGGUGGUGUCUCUAUCUCUCACACUUCUUGCUGCAACAAUAUGCUGCUCAUUGACAGAAAAGGAAUCAAAUGGGUCACUUCCAAACAUCAUCAUCAUGCUGAUGGAUGACAUGGGCUGGGGGGACUUGGGGGUGUUUGGCCAGCCCUCUAAAGAGACCCCCAACCUGGAUGCAAUGGCAGCUCAGGGCAUGCUGCUGCCAAACUUUUACACUGCCAACCCACUCUGUUCGCCAUCCAGAGCUGCGCUUCUGACUGGUCGUCUGCCUGUCAGAAACGGUUUCUACACCACUAACGGUCACGCCAGAAAUGCAUACACACCGCAGGAGAUAGUGGGAGGGAUCUCCAAGGAUGAGAUUUUGUUACCGCGGAUGUUGAAGAAAAAAGGUUAUGUCAGCAAGAUAGUUGGCAAGUGGCACCUGGGCCACAGACCCAAGUACCUUCCUCUGGAGAACGGUUUUGAUGAAUGGUUCGGUGCGCCAAACUGCCACUUUGGCCCUUAUGACAACAAAAUCAGGCCCAACAUCCCCGUCUACAACAACUCCGAGAUGCUCGGCAGAUACUACGAGGACUUUAAGAUUGACACAAAGACGGGAGAAUCAAACCUCACACAGAUCUACUUGAUGGAAGGUCUGGAAUUCAUAUAUCGUCAGGCCGAGGCUCGGCGGCCGUUCUUCCUGUACUGGGCUCCCGACGCCACUCACGCCCCUGUCUAUGCACACAAGCAGUUCCUAGGGAAGAGCCAACGAGGCCGCUACGGAGACGCUGUGAUGGAGCUGGACUACAGCAUCGGUCAGAUGCUGUCGUGGCUGCGGAGUCUGGGCAUUGAAAAUAACACCUUCGUCUUCUUCACGUCGGACAACGGAGCAGCUGUGAUGUCAGGCCCCAAUCAAAGUGGCAGCAACGGGCCGUUCCUGUGCGGGAAAGAGACCACGUUUGAGGGGGGCAUGAGGGAGCCUGCCAUCGCCUGGUGGCCCGGACACAUUAAAGAAGGCACGGUGAGCUUCCAGCUGGCCAACGUCAUGGACCUGUUCACCACCAGCCUGGCUCUGGCCGGCAUCAGCCCUCCCGAUGACCGAACCCUGGAUGGAAUCGACCUGACCCCAGUCCUCCUCAAACACCCCCACACUCUCCAGAGCAGGCCGAUAUUCUAUUACCGCGGAGAUGAGCUGAUGGCUGUGAGGCUUGGACAAUACAAGGCGCACUACUGGACCUGGAGCAACUCAUGGGAGGAGUUUAAAAGUGGUAUAAACUUCUGCCCAGGUGAAGAGGUGCAGGAUGUCACCACCCACGAUCAGAAAGAGCACACACUGGUGCCCAUCCUCUUCCACCUCGGUCGUGAUCCCGGAGAAAAAUACCCGAUCAGCGUUUUGGCGAAGGAGUACCAGGAUGUCAUGAGACAGAUCUUCCCAAUUGUGAAUGAGCAUAAGAAGACUCUGGUGCCCGGGAUGCCGCAGCUCAACAUGUGUGACUUGGCAGUAAUGAACUGGGCCCCUGCCGGCUGCGAGAAGAUAGGAAAGUGUCUGAAAGCGCCCAAGUCUGCACCCUGGAAAUGUGAUUGGCCACACUGAGAGACAACGUUCUGGGCCAGAUGAAGAUGAGAUAGCAAAACAGGAAGAUGUGCCUUACUACAGAACCGUCAACCUAGUGAUUUUACAUAUCUUUAAAAUGUAUCUUUUAAAAUGAAGUUCUUUGUGAAAUUGUGGUGGAGAAGGAUAUGGGCCCAAUCCAAGGAACUGGUUGAGUAUCACAACAUGACAUUAAUCUUCCAAAUAUUUUUUACAGUUGUUGGUGAUGAUGAUGAUUAAGAGCAGAAAGAGAUAUGUACUGUAUUUAUUCAUCUUGGGGCUACAGUGAAUUGCACAAAGUUUCGUUCUGUAUCCUAUGAACAAUGUUUUGCAAUAAAAUUGUCUUUUACUGUGAAAAAUAAAGCAGUUAAUAUGUA